AUGCCCAUGGUACCAUCUGCCAGUCAUCAAGGCGUUCUAUCGGAUAUAGAAAGUGCUAUGAGAGAUGCAAAGGACUCGAGAAUGCCGCCACUAUUUACCAGCGGUGCGCUGCCUGAUAUGGUGAUUCAGCAGGCGGUGGAAGCAGUGGAACAGGAAGGCAUUGUGUUUAUCGACGAGAUAGAUAAAAUUUGUUCCAAAAGCGGAAGUGGUGGAUAUCACGGCCCAGACGCAUCUGAUGAAGGCGUGCAGAGGGACUUGUUGCCUCUACUAGAAGGGUCCACCGUGACAACUCGUUACGGCGACAUCAGGACGGACUACAUAUUGUUUAUCGCUUCAGCGUUGCUAGCGACGGAGGGCAUUGUUCUAGAUUUCAGAGAUGACGCGAUAUCAGAGGUGGCUCGUGUGGCGUGGGAAAUAAAUUCCCAAGUUGAAAACAUCGGAGCCCGUCGUCUCCACACAGUCAUCGAAAAGGUCUUGGACGACAUCAAUUUGAAUGCUUCGCUCCACGCUCCCGGAGCCACGUGA